AUGAAAAUUUUAGACGAAAUAAAGAAACAGGUAGAAAUGGAAAUGUAAAAAAUAAAGAAAGUAUAACCUUCUCGUAUUCAUUAACCUUUAAAUUGUUAAUAAAAAAGAGAGCUAAUGAUUCUAAUAAAUAAAGGUGUUUAAUUAAAAGAUGCUGCUCGAGAAUUGAAGAUCACAUAUCAUGAAGCAAAGAUUGCUUAUAAUGAAUAUCGUCGUAAGGCUGUUAGUAAUCAAAGUGAGACAGAAUCUAUAAUUCCUGAAGUUCGAACAGCUGGUGUAAGUUUGUUGAGAGUACCUCCUCAUCAUUUUGUUGUAUAGAGUAGAGUUGAGAAUACUAUAACAUCUGUUCGUAAAUUGUACAAUGUAAUAGUUUAAAAUCCAUUGCUCAACUCAAUAUAAUGAUGAUAUUUAAUUUGUUAUUUCUUCUUUUAACACAU